ACAAAGUGUAGUAAGAUUUCUACCUCUUCUGCUUUGUGGAGAAUUCACAGUAAUUCUGUUUACCUUCAUAGAACAGUGUGCAUGCAUGAAUGUGAUCUUACUUUGAAGUCAUAAUGAGACAAUAUUUCUUUAACCAUCUUUUUCCUUGUUUUUAGAUACCCAAACCCCUGUAGUAUCGUUUGUGUGUCAUCACAAAGUCUUAAGCGUUUUUAUUAGACUGCAGAUUCUCAUCUUUUAGUUCUCCAUCCAAAAUGAUACCUUGUGGACCAGUUCUGUCAUUUGUUCGGUGUCUGUUGAGAAGAAAAGUUGUCAGUGUGGACAGUCUUGAAGAUUCCAAAUUAUGCCGAUGUUUAUCCACUGUGGACCUUAUUGCUCUGGGCGUAGGAAGUACUCUUGGCGCUGGUGUUUAUGUACUUGCUGGAGAAGUCGCAAAAGCAGAUUCUGGACCUAGUAUUGUUAUUUCUUUCCUCAUUGCUGCCUUGGCAUCUGUGAUGGCAGGUCUUUGUUAUGCUGAGUUUGGUGCUCGAGUUCCCAAGACUGGUUCUGCAUAUUUGUAUACUUAUGUAACUGUUGGUGAACUGUGGGCUUUUAUCACUGGCUGGAAUCUCAUUUUAUCAUAUGUUAUAGGUACAUCUAGUGUAGCAAGAGCAUGGAGUGGUACCUUUGAUGAACUCCUUGGAAAACAAAUUGGCCAUUUUUUCAGAACCUACUUCAGAAUGGACUUUUCUGGUUUAGCAGAGUAUCCAGACUUUUUUGCAGUAUGCCUUAUAUUGCUUCUGGCAGGUCUUCUGUCUUUUGGAGUGAAAGAAUCUGCAUGGGUGAAUAAGAUUUUCACUGCUGUUAACAUCUUGGUUCUCCUCUUUGUUAUGAUUUCUGGCUUUGUGAAAGGAGAUGUUAACAACUGGAAAAUAAGCGAAGAAUCUCUCAUAAACCUCACAGCACAAACAGAAAAUUAUUCUUCCUGGAUAAACGUCACAAGCAUAUUUGGGGUUGGUGGCUUUAUGCCAUAUGGCUUUUCAGGAACAUUGGCUGGUGCUGCAACAUGUUUUUAUGCCUUUGUGGGAUUUGAUUGCAUUGCAACAACAGGGGAAGAAGUCAGGAAUCCUCAGAAAGCUAUACCUAUUGGAAUUGUGACUUCUCUGCUUGUCUGUUUUAUGGCCUAUUUUGGUGUUUCGGCAGCUUUGACUCUUAUGAUGCCAUACUAUCUUCUAGAUGAGAAAAGUCCUCUUCCUGUAGCAUUUGAAUAUGUUGGAUGGGGUCCUGCAAAGUAUCUUGUAGCAGUGGGGUCCCUCUGUGCGUUGUCUACAAGUCUUCUUGGAUCCAUUUUCCCAAUGCCACGUGUAAUCUAUGCUAUGGCGGAAGAUGGGUUGCUUUUCAAAUGUCUAGCUCAAAUCAAUUCCAAAACGAAGACUCCAGUUAUUGCUACUUUGUCAUCGGGUGCUGUAGCAGCUAUAAUGGCAUUUCUUUUUGACCUAAAGGCUCUGGUGGAUAUGAUGUCUAUUGGUACACUUCUUGCUUACUCACUCGUAGCAGCCUGUGUUCUCAUCCUCAGGUACCAACCCAAUUUAGCCUAUGAGCAACCAAAAUAUUCUCCAGAGAAAGAGGCUCUGACAGGAUCAGAAAGGGAAACUACAAUGACUGAAUCUCAAAUUAGUAUGCUUCAAGGGCAGCGCUUCAGUCUUCAGACACUAAUGAAUCCAUCCAGCUUGCCUACAGAGCAGUCUGCUACUACUGUUAGUUUUCUGGUGGGUCUAUUAGCCUUUCUGGUGUGUGGGUUGAGUGUUCUGACCACAUAUGGGAUUCAUUUUAUUGCUAAUAUGGAGCCUUGGAGCAUUGGCCUUCUUGCUGUAUUGGUAGUACUCUUCAUAGUCAUAGUUCUCACCAUAUGGAGGCAGCCCCAGAGCCAGCAGAAAGUGGCCUUUAUGGUUCCAUUCUUGCCAUUUUUGCCAUCAUUCAGUAUCUUGGUGAAUAUUUACUUGAUGGUACAGUUAAGCGGAGACACUUGGAUCAGAUUUAGCUUCUGGAUGGCUUUAGGCUUUAUUAUUUACUUUGCAUAUGGUAUCAGACACAGUCUUGAAGGUCAUCCUAGAGAUGAGGAAGAUGACGAUACUUACUCAGAAAACAGUGGAAUGCAGGAAAAGAUCCCUGUGGAAGAAGCAGAUGAACAUGCAAAUGAAAAUGCUCAGUUUAUUACACAUGAAAGGACAAGUGAAUGUUAAUGUCUUCAAGCAACCUUAACAUGCAUGUUUCUUUAGUAAACUAUGAUCGAAUGUAGUUGCUGAAUGAAAUAGUCUAAAGGUAGCUGCCAGCAGAUUAACAAUAAUUUAUAUUCAUGCAUCUUGAAAGUCUCUACUACAAAGUGUGACUGACGUGUUGGACUAGCUGCUAAUCCCUGUUGAAUACUUCAGAUCCGGUAACACAAAGACUUUCUUCAGUGAUAGAUUGAUAUUCCUGGUAGGAACAUAAAAGAAGAUGAGGGCACGGACAUGUUUCCAAAUAGAUAACUAUACCUUUUGCUAUAUUAAAAUUUAGGAGUGUUUUGUUUGUACGAUUAUAUUCAAUUAAUCAGUAAUCACAAAGUAUUAAUAAUUUAACAACUGCCUAAAAAAGAGGGACAUUUUAUAUUGUAUGAGGAAAGCAAGUGCUUUUCAUACAGUCUUCUUAUCCCUGUUUGUUAAAAUACGUUGUCAUUAUCUGAGAUGGUAUAAUGAAUAACAAAAAGUGACCUUACUCUUUGAUCAUUAAAAUAUGAAUGCAUUCUUAUAUCUUUACAGGGAACUAACAGGAGAUAAAUUGGGAGUAGGCCUACAGCAGUGAUUUUCAACCUUGUGGAUCUGCAGACAAUGUCAAAAGGGUUCGUGAAAGGUGACUAUGAAUAUAAGUUUUAGAUCUCAGCGAAGGCAUUCCAUUUUUCAGAUUAAUCAAAAGCAUGUGAUUAUACCGACCUACAGGUCAAAACCUGGAAGUGUUGUCAUUAUCAUAGAAGCUCAAAGUGCAGCAAAUGCUGUGCCGAGCAUGUGCAACACUUAUACCUGAAUUUUGUUCAGACAGUAUUCAGUAUAGAACUUCUAUGGUAGGUGUCUGCACACCACAUGUUGAAUUUCUAAAGGGGUCCACACCUCCAUUCCAAAUUUUUAGGGGUUUGCAAAUGGAAAAAAGGUUGAAAAACACUGGUUUACAGAAUAUUCUGCAAAAUAUGUUUACAGAAGGUAAAUAGCACAAAUUAGACAAGUAGAGUACAAUAUAGCUAUAUCAAAGUAGCAAGGAGAUGUUCAAUUAUCCUUACUAUUAAGUAGAUAUGCAUAAUUCAGUCUAUGAAAAUGUUUGAGCAAUGAUACACUGUAGGAACAGUAUUCCAGAAUAUUAUUUUGUUUCAUAGAAAGUCACAUCUGAUUUUUUUUUCCCUUUCAAAGUUACUGUAGGUGUUAAAGGAAAAUUCGAAAGCAGACCUGUUGUUAUUUGCCAGUAAAUCAACUGGGGCAUAGUAGUACUUAAUAGGGUGAAAUCCUGGCACUAUUGAAUUCAGUAGGAAUAUAUGUAAUUAUUAGUACUCAAUGUAUAGCACUGCUAACGCUUUCUUCAGCUAAACUCCCUUUUCCUCCUUUUCUAUCAUAUACAUCUUAGGGAUGGAGGGGAGUUUCUAUCUCAUACAUUGUUUCUUGAUAAGAAACAAAUUACUAUGGUACUAGAAUUCCUUGCACAGAAGGUGGGCAUAUAGGGAGGCAAAGCUUUUGUUUAACUAAAUGUAUUUUCAGCCCUGACACUGUAUCUUCAGGGAUGACAGGGUUUAAAAGAUAUUUUGAUGGUAUUCUUUUCAAUAUAAAAGCAAAGGGUUGUUACCUUUGUGUACCUCAAAAGUACACAAUCAUUUAAAUAUUUUAGUUGGUUUAGGCUUAUAUAGUUGAGAAGUAUCACUGUGAAUUAGGAUGUGGAGCUAUUUUGCCCAAAAUGUCUGCUAUUGAUUAAAAAUAAGUUCCCAAUAAUAAGCAAAAGACAUUCAGAAUGCUUCCACUGACUAAAGGAAAUAGACAAUCCUACAAUCUAAAGGACAAUAUUGCUGAAGCACAUUGUGCUGGUAGCUUUCUCCUUUGUUCACUAUAAGUAGAGCCUUGUGCAGAUCCAAAAUUUCUAUCUGCAUCCGAAACUGCAAAAAUGAGCUGAGGAGAGUGGCAUCCAUACCCACGGAUGAAGAAAUCCAUGGCUAUGAAGUGGAUAUCCAUGGAUUUGCACGGCUCUAACUAGAAGACAAGACCCAGUGAACACAAUUUUGACAGCUAUCUUCAAAGAUUUAUGUUGUCCAAUACUAAGCAUCAAUACUUUAUACUUCUACAAGAUCUAGACUUUCAUAGAGAAGGUAUAAAGCCAUUAUCUCUAUCAGCAGCAUUGGAUUCUUGCUACUUUUUAGAUAUAAAAGUACAUUCCAAUGUAAGCAGCAGCUAAUAUGCACAAACCUCUGUCAACACAAAAAUAUAAAAGUUUCUUGGCACAGAACCAGAAAUGUAUUCAUACCAUACAGGAGAAUGGAUUCUUAAUGUUCAACUUUUUCCUAUACUCUUCAUUUUGAAUUGAAUUGUGGACAUCUUGCAGCACCUGCAAUUGAAGGAUGGGUAGAUUUGUGCUGUUGCGCCAGUGGCCCCUACUGGGCAUUAACGAGAGGUGACACACUGGAAAGAACACUCCCUUUUUUCUUUGAAUGGAAGGUACUUGGUUACCUACUGUGCCCCAGUGACAUUUCCAGAAAGCAAUUCCUGGAAGGCCAGAGCCCUGUUAGCUACCUGUAUCUCUGUGAGAGAAGCAUGUGAAAAGGAGCAAUACCUUCCUCUUACUGACACUGUGGAUAAAUCAUGAGAAUGGCCAUACUGGGUCAGACUAAAGUUUCAUCUAGUUCCAUAUCCUGUCUCCCAGCAGUGGCCCAUGCCAGGUUCCCCAGAGGAAAUGAACAUAAGAAUGGCCAUACUGGAUUAGACCAAAGGUCCAUCUAGUCCAGUAUCCUAUCUGUCAACAGUGGCCAAUGUCAGAUGCC